GUUAGCCACAGCUAUUUUUGGGUCGAUUUUUUCAUUGAAUUUGAGGAAUUCCAGUAUUUUACUACGGGUUUGCAUUCUGUCAAUGUUAUCGGUGCACUUUAAGCUUACGAGAAAGAUGUGAAAAGAGAUAUUGGCCAGUUCAAGUUUCUGUGUAGCCAGCCAGCCACGCCACGUGUUUUCCCCGUUAUUAAGAAUAUAACUUUAGCCCCUAAAGAAAAAACCGCUGGCUAAUGGCGAUAUCAUAUUCCUUCGUGCUGAAGUCUCUACAAAACUAGGAACGCAUCUCGUGGAAUAGGAAGUUACAAAAUCCCUUUCAAAAGAUGGCGUUCCCUCUCACAGUUGCGUCGUCUACAUGAAACAACACAUCUAACAAUAUCUAAAAAUAAACUAACUGUCUUGUGCAUCUUCCUCUAAAAGAAAAUGAAAAUAUAUAAUCUCGAAGACACGGACGAAGCCGAAGGAAGCAUCCAAGCCGAGAGCAUGGAUUCGGGUGCGGCAAAAACACCGGUUUCCUUGCUUCAGGAGCUAUAUGUGAAGAAGGGCAUUAACCCAAAAUAUGAUUUAAUUCAAAUUGAGGGUGCCAUUCAUGAACCUACAUUCAAAUACCGUGUUUCCGUUGGGGAGCUUGUUGCCAUGGGUUCUGGACAAUCCAAAAAGAAGGCCAAACAUGCUGCAGCUAAAGCAGUGUUGGACAAAAUCUGGGGGGGUCAUUGCACAACAUUGCUUGAAAAUCUUGGUGGUGGCACAUUAAGGACAGUUACCUCACCAUAUGAUGACGGUAUUCCUGGAAACCCAGUUGGCAACCUUCAAGAAUUGUGCAUAUCUCACAGAUGGGCGCCACCAAGCUACAUACUUGAAGGAGAAAACGGCCUACCACACGAAAGGGAAUUUGUCAUCACUUGCGUCGUAGAAAAUCAUCACGAAAUUGGCGUUGGCAAGUCAAAAAAAUUAGCCAAGAGACAAGCAGCCUAUCGGAUGCUGAUGAAACUCAAAGAUACGCCAAUAGAGUUACAAAACCAUGGCGGGUUAGAGGACGAGGAUGAAAUUGCGCAAAGGGCUUCGCUGAGGUGUGGCGGCUUAAAGGAAAACCAAUCAGCCAAAUCCUCUCACGGUAUCAAAAUAACACAGUUCCAUCGAAGCCUAAGAAAACUCGCGGGCGAAAAGAUCGCAGCCUUACAAGAAAUUGUCUUGAAAGAUCCUCAUCCAGAUCACUUCAAAUUGCUGCAAGAGAUAUCUGUAGAACAGAAAUUUGACGCCACCUACGUAGACAUCGAAGAAAAGACGCAUUCGGGUCGAUAUCAGUGUCUUUUGACAAUGUCACUGACUCCCAUCGCUGUCGUUUGCGGCAGCGGUGAAUCGUAUGAAGAAGCGCAGAAGCAAGCUACGUUUAAUGCGCUUCAGUAUCUCAAAUUGAUGACCAAGAAGACGGCACUAUCCAAUGGCAGCGAGGAUGGUCAUCAGCAGGUCGUUGCAAACAACUUAGACAACGAGGAGAGUCGGUAGUAGUAGUGUGUUGUCCAUUGACCAUUAGCUUUAAAAUUGACUUCAACAGAUUAUUUAUUAGUAUCAAGUUGACAAUCUCAAACAUCUUGGCAUUCUUCAAUCACCUAUGUGUGCGUGCUGUGUGUGUUAUAAAGUGCCCCCUAAAAAUUGAUGUGAUGCCGAAUUUGACGAGAGAAAAUAAAUUAUGUUUGAUUUUGA